AUGGAAUCGAUCGACCCCCCAAAGCGACAAUUCAGCGUGACCAUUAUCGGGGCUGGAGUGGGUGGGCUAACCUUGACGUUAGGCCUCCUCCGGCACAAUAUUUCCGUCACGAUCUAUGAGGCAGCCCCGAGUUUCAAACGGACCGGCUUUGGGCUUUCGAUGAGCCCUGCUGCUCACCGUGCCCUUUCAUUGAUCGACCCAAGCAUCAGAAAGGCCUAUGAUGCCCUAGUGACCACACACGCUGAUAGCCCGGGCUAUGAGCAUUUCUGCCAGACGUGGUUUGAGCUCGUCUGGACUACCGCGGAUAUGCGCGGGAAAGUUCUCACCAACCUCCGAGCGAAAAGCCUGGGACAGACAUCAGUGUAUUGUGGCGACUUCCUCGACGCCUUGAUUGAUUGCAUGCCUCGGGGAAAGGUACAAUGGGGCAAGAACCUGAUCCACAUGGAAGAGAUGGCCCAGGGGACCAAGUUACACUUUGAAGAUGGCUCCUCGACCAUGGCUGAUGUCGUGAUCGGUUGCGACGGCAUCCACUCACGGGUUAGGCAGUGUAUGCUGCCAGGAGAGCAGAUUCAGCCGCGUUAUGCGGGCAUGUACGCAUACCGGGCGGUUCUGGACAUGGCCACGAUGGUUGAAGCUGUAGGCGAGCGCCGCGCUCGUGUUGCAACCAUGUACAUGGGAAAGGGUGGCUAUGUGGUUACCUACCCGAUCAUGCAUGCGAAACAAGUGAACGUGGGAUUCUUCAGGGAGAGUGAUAGCUGGAAUCAUCAUACGUGGGCUCAUCCAACCAGCAAGGAAGAAAUGGAACAGGAUUUUGGUCAUAUGGGGGAUGCCGUCCGGUCAAUCAUGAAGCAUAUUAUCAACCCAGUUCAAUGGGCUGUGUUUGAUAAUCCCCCAAUCUCGACAUAUGCUCGGGAUAACAUGGCGAUUUUAGGCGAUGCUGCUCAUGCUUCGACGCCUCAUCAAGGUGCCGGUGCGGGCCAGGCGAUUGAGGAUGUUCACAUUCUCACAGAACUUAUGGGUGAUCAGCACGUUCUCCAGCGAGAACAUGUGAAAUCUGCGUUCCAUGCCUAUGACACGGUGAGGAGGCCAAGGAGUCAAUGGGUGGUAAGAACGAGCAGAGAUAUGGGACAACUACUCAGUCUGAGCCUGGAUACAGUUACCGGGGAAGAAGACCUCAAGAAGCUAUUGAGCAGGAGGAUGGCAUUGCUAUGGGACCUUGAUGUUACGGGCCAGGCUGAGAUAGCACGACAGUUUAUGCUUUAUCAUCUUCGAUUGACUGUGUGA